AUGAAGGUCGCUUUCGUUACCGGUUCGAACAAAGGAAUCGGAAGAGCGAUCGUAGAGAAUCUUGCUCGUACAUUGGGACCGUCUGGCGAAUGGGAUAUUUAUUUGACGGGUAUGUUGUCGCGUGAUUUGCCCAAUGUGCCAAUUGUAGCUCGAAACGAGGAACUUGGAAAAAAGACUUGCUCCGAACUUGAAAAGAAAGGACUGAGUGUAAAAUUUCAUCAAUUGGAUAUCAAUAAUGUCGAGAGUCGGAAGAAGUUCAUCGAAUUUCUAACUUCUCAUUAUCCAAAUGGAAUCAACAUUGCGAUCAACAACGCUGGAAUUAUAUUCAAGAGCGAUUCAACUGCAUCCUUUGGUGAACAAGCUCGUGUGACGCUAAAAACUAAUUUCUUUGAUACACUUAGUUUCACCGAGGAGUUUAUGCCAUAUCUUGCUAAAGAUGCUCGGUUGGUUCACUUUAUUUACAUAUAUAUGGAGUGA